CCUAGGACCCGGAAGUAGCUGCCACUAUUCUCCGUACCGGGGAAGGCCUUCCUCGUCGUUGGCUGUUCCGUCCUGUGUCGGACAUAGUCACCCGGGCUGGCAGGCCACUACAGCCAUGCAUGACGCCUUUGAGCAGGUGCUGAUCCUGGAGAAGCUGCCGCUGCAGAUAGAUUGCCUGGCAGCCUGGGAGGACUGUCUUCUUGUUGGCACUAAACAGGGACAUUUGUUACUGUACAGAGUCAAAAAAGAGCAAGGUUGUAACCAAUUUGAAGUAACACUAGAAAAAUCCAAUAAGAACUUUGCUAAGAAAAUUCAACAGGUUCAUGUUGUUCCUCAGUUCAAGAUCCUUGUCAGUUUGCUUGAUAACAGUGUAUGUGUCCAUGAUUUGCUCACCUUCCAACUUAUAACCAUCAUUUCAAAGGCAAAGGGAGCUUCUUUACUGUCUUGUGAUCUCCAGCAUACUAAAACAGGUGAAGAAAUGCUAAAGAUGUGCGUGGCUGUACGUAGAAAACUGCAACUGUAUUACUGGAAGGAUCGUUCAUUUCAUGAACUUCAGGGUGACUUUAGUGUUCCUGAUGUCCCCAAAUCUAUGGCAUGGUGUGAAAACUCUAUAUGUGUUGGAUUCAAAAGAGACUAUUAUUUGAUCAGGGUGGAUGGAAAAGGUUCCAUUAAGGAACUCUUUCCUACAGGCAAACAGUUAGAACCACUUGCAGUACCACUGGCUGAUGGAAAAGUGGCUGUUGGACAGGAUGACCUGACUGUGGUUUUGAACGAAGAGGGGACCUGCACACCCAAGUGUGCCCUAAACUGGACUGAUAUUCCCAUGGCAAUGGAACAUCAGCCUCCUUAUAUCAUUGCUGUGCUUCCAAGGUACGUGGAAGUACGAACAUUUGAACCCCGCCUCUUAGUACAAAGCAUUGAGCUGCAGCGGCCUCGUUUUAUUACAUCUGGAGGUCCAAACAUUGUAUAUGUGGCAAGUAAUCACUUUGUUUGGCGGUUGGUUCCUGUGUCCAUUGCAACACAAAUACAACAACUACUUCAGGACAAGCAGUUUGAACUUGCUUUACAAUUGGCGAGGAUGAAAGAUGAUGCUGACAGUGAAAAGAGGCAGCAGAUCCAUCACAUUCAGAACUUGUAUGCUUUCAACCUUUUUUGCCAGAAACGUUUUGACGAGUCUAUGCAAGUGUUUGCCAAGCUUGGUACUGAUCCAACCCAUGUUAUUGGAAUGUACCCAGAUUUAUUGCCCUCUGACUACAAGAAACAGCUGCAGUACCCUAAUCCAGUGCCAUUGCUCUCAGGCGCUGAACUGGAAAAGGCCAACCUAGCCCUUAUAGAUUAUUUGACCCAGAAAAGAAGUCAUCUGGUUAAGAAGCUAAAUGACACCGAUCAUCAUUCUACAACCUCCCCCCUUAUGGAAGGAACUCCAACGAUCAAAUCGAAAAAGAAGCUUCUUCAAAUCAUAGACACCACUCUGCUAAAAUGUUACCUGCAUACCAAUGUUGCUCUGGUGGCACCUCUCCUGCGACUGGAGAACAAUCAUUGCCAUGUGGAAGAGAGUGAACAUGUGCUGAAAAAGGCACACAAAUACAGUGAACUCAUCAUCCUUUAUGAGAAGAAAGGCCUUCACGAAAAAGCUCUUAUGGUCCUGGUUGACCAGUCGAAAAAAGCCAAUUCGCCAUUGAAAGGUCAUGAAAGAACCGUACAGUACUUGCAAAGAUUAGGAGCAGAAAAAAUGUCUUUGAUCUUUGAGUAUUGCGUAUGGGUCCUGAGAGAUUAUCCUGAAGAUGGAUUAAAGAUAUUCACCGAAGAUCUCCCAGAAGUCGAAAACCUUCCCCGAAAUCUUGUACUAGCAUUUUUAUUGGAAAACUUUAAACACCUUGCUAUUCCUUAUUUGGAACACAUUAUACUUACAUGGGAGGAUCGGGGCCCUGAAUUUCACAAUUGCCUCAUCAAGUUGUAUUGCGAGAAGGUGCAGACUCUCAUGCAAGCUAUAGGUUCUACAUGCAACGAAGAGGUUGUAAAUGUUCCUGCGGGCUCAGAAAAGGGGGAGCUGGGACAAUUUCGCACAAAAUUGCUAAAUUUCCUGGAGAUUUCAAACUGUUAUCAGCCAGAGUUUCUGAUCAGUGAUUUUCCAUUUGAUGGGCUGCUGGAGGAAAGAGCACUACUCUUGGGUCGAAUGGGCAAGCACGAGCAGGCUCUGUUUAUUUAUGUGCAUAUCCUGAAAGAUACUAACAUGGCAGAACAGUACUGCCACAAACAUUAUGAUUAUGCCAAAGGUGGCAACAAAGAUGUCUAUUUAUCUUUGAUCAGAAUGUACCUUUCUCCACCUGAUGUGCAUUGUCUGGGUCCAAUUAAAAUUAAACUGGAAGAGCCAAAGCCAAACAUUGCUGCUGCCUUAGCUGUGUUGGAGCAGCAUCAUGCAAAACUGAAUACAACUAAGGCCAUAGACUUAUUACCAGCAAACACAGAGAUUCGAGAGAUCCAGAUCUUUCUGGAGAAAGUAUUGGAGGAGAAUGCUCAAAGGAAGAGAUUCAAUCAAGUUCUGAAGAAUCUACUGCAUGCUGAGUUUUUGAGAGUACAGGAGGAGAGGAUUUCCCAUCAGCAAGUCAAAUGUGUUAUAACAGAGGAAAAGAUUUGUAGUGUUUGCAAGAAAAAGAUUGGAAACAGUGCAUUUGCUCGCUAUCCAAAUGGUGUGGUUGUUCAUUACUUCUGUGCAAAGGAUGUCAGCUCUGUGGACUCUUGAAGAUCUUUCUAUGCGCUACACAGAU